AUGUCAAGAAGUGGUGGAUUAGACAAACCUUCAACAAGGGUCUGUGUCAACCAUAUGGUCAUGAUUUUCCAAAAAAAACAAGCAACAGAUAUGAGAAGUUUUAAAGAGCAAAAUUUAGCAUUCCGUGGUCAUGAUGAGACUCGUGAUUUUAUACAAAGGGGGAAUUUUAUUGAGAUAGUGAAAUGGUAUGCUAGGAAGGAUGAAAAAAUGAGAAAUGUCAUUGGUGAUAAUGCUCCUAGGAAUAACCAAAUGACAUCUUCUAAUAUUCAAAAAGAAUUGUUUAGUUCUUGCGCCUCACAAGUAACAUUAGCUAUGCUCACUGAGCUUGGAGAUAGUAAAUUCUCCUUACUAGUGGACGAGGCUCGUGAUUAUUCCGUAAAGGAACAAAUGUGA